AUGAGUAUGGGGUUUGGUGUGGUGGCCUUGUUCUUUUUAGCUGCAUUCUUGUUGUCGAACGUAAUCAUUUACACUAGAGGGACUCUUGGGGGAAGUCAAAAAGCAGAAGUCAAUCCGGCUAGAGAGUUGGUCCAAAAGUUCCUCGACAGCGCGGUGGUUGGUGAUUACGUAAGGAAAGGCUUUAGCGAAUUAAAAUUAAAAACCAGUUUGCCAAAGCCGGUGACAGAAACUGAGAAACCCAGAGGAGGAAAACUCGUCAAAUUUGGAUCAAGUGAAGAAAUUUCUUUGAAGCAAGCGUUUAACUUUAUGAACUUUUACCCCCUUCUAUACGAGCAAGAACAAUACCCGACAGAAUUCGAAAUACCAAUUGGAAAACAAAUGGAAAAAUUUCAGCUCACCAAGAAACCGGACGGAACGUUUUCAUUAGAAGCUGUACAUGACGGAGGGACUGUUGAAGUAGAUCCGUCUCAUCUCCAGGAAACAGUUAGAUUUCUUUCUAACCCCGAAUUAAAGCAGCCCUUAAGGGAAACGAUAAGAGAGGCCUUUUUAAAAGCAUUAGAUGAGCGAUUAAGCAGUCAGCCCGAUUUUAAAACAGAAUUGCAAAGUCGUGACCCAAGUGGGACGGUAACCCCACAGGAGAUGGAAAUGGCUUUUCGAGCAGGCAGAGACCUUUUGGUUGCAAUUGCCUUAAAAGAGCUCACUUUCGAAGGACUAGAUCCUCCCGAAUGGCUGCAGGAUACAUACAAAGAUAUUGAUUCGAGAAUGCAGGAAGUUAGAGAUAAGCAAAGCAAGGAGAUUUCGGCAGAAAAAGAAAGGAAACUGAAAUUUGAAUUCACUCAGAGUAUGCUUAAAACUAGUAAGGAGGCUAUUGACGAAUGGGAACAGUUGAAGACCCUAGAUGCGGCAGAAUCAACGAAAAAAGUUGUCGAAGAAAAAGAAAUGGGAACCCAUGCAAAACGAUAUUUAACGGUGACAAUUCACAAAUCUGAUCAGGUAUCCCUUAAAAAAAUAUUUAAACUACUACAAUUUUAUCCUGAUAUAUACGAACGCCAGGGAAGAAAACAUACACGGUUCGAAGUUCAAAUUGGCGGAGAGACAAGGAAAUUCCUUUUGAGUAAAGCACUGUUCGGAGUAAACCAAAUAUUGGUGUAUACUUUAGAUGAUGAUUGGCCUGGUACUACGAAAAGGAGCACGACGAGUGGUCCCUGGGCACCCGAUUACGAUACCAUGGUAGACGAAGUUCUUGCUAAAUUUCCUGAACAUGAGAAGCUGGCCAAAGCUAUGCUCAAUGCUGUCGAAAGCAAACUCAACAGUCAACCUGAUUUCUCAGUAGAUUUGAAAAUUUCGGGAAAACCCGCAGAGUCUGCUGACACUGUUCGAGCUACUGUAGAAUUUAUGAUUAUUUCCAUGGUUGCAGAAGCGGCACACCCAACCGAGGAGUUUAAAGAGGCCUUUUUAACAGAGCUAGCAAGAAUGAUAGAGAAACAAAGGGCAUUCCCAAAAAGUAAAGAUAUUCCCAAUAUUGCAGAAUUAAAAGGAAAAUCUGGGCGAAGUCCAGCAAUGGAUGAGGUUGUCGAAGGCAUGCUCAAAAACGUUGGACCUGCCAGAAUAGAGACAGUGUUUAGCAAAGAAAACUUUCCAGUAAGAAAAAAAGGUGGAACACAGGAAGGGCGAAACUUGAUACAUGAACAAGGAAGUGAAUAUCUUUCUCGCAAACGUUCCGCUGAAGAACACGAUUUACGACUCACUCUCGACAAAAUGGAAGAAGAUUGCACGAGGCGUCGAAGAAAACGCUAUGUCUGUUCACUAAAGAAUAGAAACUCUGCUAAAGUUGAUGAGACGUCUAUCAAAAUUAAAGAAGACCGGGUUGAAUUUUACUUGGUAGACCGUCGUGAUUCAAAAGAACGAGAGCAUGUUCAGUUACAAAUUAGCCCUGAAGAGUUAGCUACUCCCAAGCUGAUUAAGGAUAACCUAUCAAAUUCUCGACGAGCUGGGAUGAGUGAGACUUACGCCAAGAUAAAUAAAGGUUUAGCCGUUCACGGUCUCGUAUUCUCCGUUCUUGCUGCUGGUAGAUAUUUUGAGGAAGGGGAAAACUUUAGGGGUGCCAUGACCGUCGCCCAGUCUGCUCACACACUUGGAGGUCUAACCGGUCUUAACGAGAUAGCUUCUAAAGUUAGUCAACGAGUUCUAAGUAGUGCAGCUAAAGGGUUAGCGAAAGGCUUAAAUUUAGAAAAAGGAUUGGAAAAGUUAUCCACUAAUGUGGAAAGGUUCGCAGAGAGAGGAGUUGGACAGUUGCUUGGGGCCGUUCCUGGGGUAGGACUUGCAUUUGAUAUUUACUUUAUUGAGCAAGACAUCGAGGAGUUGGCCGACUUAGAUUUUAAUGAUCCGGAAGACCUCAAACUUUUACCACUUCGUGUUAUCGAUUUAGCUCUUGACGUUAGCACCACAGUACUGAACCUGGUAGGAACAUUUUGCCCGUUAGCAGAAGUCGUUACUGAACCUCUUGUGAUCGUUCUGUCAAUAAUAAGGAUGGCUAUUGAUGAUUUCUACAUUGAUAUUAUGGCGGAGAUAGAGAAAAUUAAUUGGAAAAGCCCAUGGGCGGGAUUGGAGUUUCUUGGAGCUCUUGUAAAAGGUUACCUAGACGGAGCAGCGGAUUUCUUAACAGGUGGCUUAAGAAGACAGAUGGACUCUUACAGGAAACAGGAACAAAAUGACGAAAAGCUCGUUCAAGAUUUGAAAAACCCGGAUAACUAUUACAAGAUUGUUGGGGAAAAGGAAGGAGGUGGAGAUACAAUUGAUUUCACCCAGGGAAGACUUUCCAGCUUUGGUGGCUAUAUUAACUUCAGGCUUCAUGACAACAAUCGUGCUACUUUAGAAAUCGGAGAUGUCAGCGGCAGUCAUAAAACAAUACGCAAAACAUUUACAGUUGGUUCUAAUCUUAAAGAUAUCGUGCUUGGAAUAGGAGAGUCGAGGACAUUUGAAUACAAGCACGAAACCGCGAAGCUGUUUUUUGUUAUUCCAGUUAAGAAAUACGAUGUCAUUUGUGGAGCCUGUCUCCACGAAAAAUCUGUUUAUGGAACUUACUAUGGAAACUCUAAGGACAACACAUUUUACGCCGUGCAGAAUCCAAAGCCAACAACAAAACCCCCUGAGAAAAAGGAUGAAGAGUGUAACUUUGGAAAUCUGAACCUGAAGUUUGUUACUGGGAAUUAUCAUUACAAUUUGUAUGGGCGGGGUGGUAGUGACACUUUUUAUCUUGGCCCUGAAAUGUCCACUGUCACAGGAGGAUCUGGAAGUGAUCUGUUCAUCAUCCAAUCAAACGGCGGAAAAACAAUUAUCGAUAAUUUUGCUGAAGAUAACAAGCGCGACAUCAUUGCCAUCAACGUCAACUUUGUUAAUAUCAGAUGUCAUCAGAGUGGAACUGAUCUUGACAUUACUUAUUCCAAGAGUCAUCACAUUCGUAUCAAGAAUUGGUUCAUUCCUGGUGAUCCGACGUAUUACCGUCAUGUCUCAUUUCGCAGUCAGGACGGAGUCAUUUUCGUCCCAAAACAAACCCUGAAUAACGACCCAAUUCAUGUUGUUCAAUGUGUGGCGGUCGCUUUGGAUCUAGGUGCAGCAAAAACAGCUCAAACAGUCUCUCUUCGUGAUGAUAAAUACAGUGAAGUCAAACAAGUAUCAGGAUCAGGAAGCUCUGAUAUUAUUAUCGGUAAUGACGUCAGUAACGUCCUGGAUGGUGGUCGGGGAGCUGAUCACUUGUCUGGAGGCAAAGACGAAGAUACCUACGUCAUACGGGAAGAUGAAGGUUGCGAUGUUAUUGAUAAUAGUGCAGAGGAUUACUCAACAACUACUGACGUUGCAGUGUUUGACGUGCCCUUUGAAAAGAUAGAAGUAAAAACAAAAGGUAACAACCUCUCUGUAACAGAUAGGAACAAUGCGCAAAAGUCAUGCUUUACAAUAACAAAGUGGACCGUAGGGGAUCAGUACAGACAUAUUCUAUUCACGUCUAAAGAUCAUGUUGUCUUCAAAGUGUCUACCAGGGAAGACGGAACUGUUUCCAAAAUACCAAUAAUGCUGGAUUACAAAACCUCCUCAACAAACGUUUGUGUCGAUUUGUCGGAAUCACUGAGUCCCAAGUGCAUCAAACCAACUGGUUACACCAACGUGGGGACAAUUUCCGAUUCCCCACACAACGAUCACAUAGUGGGAAAUGCACAGACCAACUUUUUAAGCUGCACUGGAGGAGAGGAUUAUCUUGAGGGUGGAGAAGGUACGGACAAUUAUGUUGUCAAGAAAACAUGCCAAAAAGAAACUAUCAACAAUUUUGACAGUCGCCAAAAAGUUGAUGUAGUGUAUUUAGAGGAAAAUUUCCUAAACUUACAGUUGCAAAGAGAAGGCGAAGAUUUGAAAGUUGUCUCAAGUCGUGGAACACCAACUGUAGUACUUUCUGAUUGGUUUCACUCUCCUGACCACCAACAUCUUGGGAUAAGAACUAUUGAUGGAAUUACACUUAGAAUAAACACUAAGACGGUUAAACUCGAGCCAUAUGAGGUAUCUAAGGAUCCCUCUCAAUGCCAAUGCGGGCACGGAAGUUGUGAAAGAGGGGUGAUAACAUUCAGUCUUGACAAAGAUCCUUGGCAAAACGUUGUCCGCUUUGAAUUGAAAUCUAGUCAAUGUAGUUACAAAAUUUUUGGGAACAAACUUAACAAUUACCUUGAUCCCGGAGCAGGCAAUGGUUAUAAUUACCAGCAUUUGGUGGGAGGAAAUGGAUCCGAUACCUACGUCUUAAAUCACGGGUAUGGGGAGUUUAAUGAAAUCAACAAUUAUGCAGAUGACAACAAAAUGGACACGCUUCAGCUUGGAAUGGAAUUUGAUGAUAUCCAUGUUUAUUUCCAUGGCCUCAAUGACGCCAUUCUUGCAUCAAAAACACGACCUAGCUCACUCAGCGUUCGAAUUAUAGAUCACUUUCGAGGUGAGAAGUAUCAGCAUCUUCAGAUAAUAUCCGCAGACAAGGUGGUUUUUCAUAUCGCCAAACAAUACCCGUACAAAAAGAUCAUCGCUGUCGACCGUAGCAAGACCGAUUCGCCACAAAACAUUGAUCCUGAAAGGAAUGGCUUAAUUUCAACUGCUGAAGAUAUAAAGGGAUCGCUUGCCUUUGCUAACAAGCUUACAGGCAGUAACACAACAAAAGAAAUCGAGGGUGGUGUUCAGGCAGACAUUCUUCGUGGAGGACACACAGGAACAGUUUUUGAAGGAAAACAGGGUAACGACAAAAUUUAUGGUGGAGCUGGUAAUGAUAUCAUUUUUGGCGGGGAUGGUGAGGACGUCAUCUACGGCGGCAUUGGAGAUGAUAACAUUUACGGUGGGGACGGUUCAGACUUUAUCGAUGGAGGCGAUGGCAGUGAUACACUCGCUUUCAGAGGCGAUGGUUUCCGUCGCAAGGGAGUCACUGUUGAUCUCAAUAUUGGAUUUGGAAAAGGAGUUGAUGCAGAAGGAGACAGCUAUGAUAGUAUCGAAAACGUGUAUGGCACUAUUCACAAUGACGUUCUGAUUGGAUCUGAUUUCGACAACAAGCUCUGCGGGCUUGAAGGAGAAGAUAUACUUACUCCCUAUGGCGGCGUUGAUAAACUUGUUGGCGGUGAAGGUAAAGAUUCGUACUUACUAUAUAAAGCUUCUGGAUUAAAAAUAAUUGACAACUACGCGGAAGAUGAGGUCGAAGACACCCUAUCUCUGGUUCAUUUAAACUCCCUUGACGUUUGUAUCUUCUUAGUUGGAAACGAUUUACAUCUUCAAGUUGAUAAAUCUGACUUGGCCUCAGUUCUUUAUCACGGCGAACCUUUGGCGGUGAUAAUCAGAAACUGGUACGUGAAUUCAAAAUACAGACACCUGAAAGUGCUAUUUAAAAACACUGUUUGGGAAGGUUUUGCUUUGUCCUCCAUCGCCGAAAAAUUAGAGAUGCUUGGAAAUAGUGCUAGCUUCAUCGAAGACAAAACUCACCUACAGGUUGUGUCUGCAAGUGGUACAGACGUAAGCUUGUCAUGGAAGCCAACUAAUAACGUUUUGUCACAUUCAGAAACAGAGCUCUUUCUUGUACAUUUUAAAGAGCUGGAACCAAAAACCUUAGUGAAAACACAAGUAGGUCGCCUUACAUCAGUGACUCUUUCAUCACUUGAUCCAACCUCCCACUACGUCUUUGCUCUGGCAUUAAAAAAGUGCGACGCGACAAUUGCAAUAUCCCAAACGCUUAUAACCUACGGACGAGAAAGAUCCUGUCCCUCGGCAGAAGUACCGCACUCUGUUGUUAAGUACGCUCCUCCUUCGACUUCCUUAACUCCUGCUCAUGGCACAGUUGCCAGUGUAAAAUGUAAUCCCGGAUAUAACAUAUAUAUCCAUAACUCCGAAAAGAGUACAACAUGCUUAGAUCAAGAAUGGAUUCCCUCUCUUCCGGUUUGUAAGAAAAUAAAACAAUGCCCUGUCCCUACAAAGCCGUCUAACGGAGAGGUUUCUACAAACGGUCAUGUCGAAGGAUCAAAAGCUUAUUAUGUUUGUCACAAAGGAUUCAGGCUGGAAGGACCGAAGGAACGCACAUGUAUAAAUGAAGUCUGGGAUGGGAAAGGUCCUAAUUGUGAGCCACUAAGUUGCCCGGAAACACCAACUGUUUCUUAUGGAUCGUAUAUUUCCUGUGAUUAUAUAAAGCAUACGGAGACGUAUGGAACAAUGAACAGUCCCCUUGAAGGCUAUUGUGUUAAGCUUGAAUGUACCAACUUAUACCUGCCAAGUCAUGUAUUCCGUGGUAAUACGUAUCGUCCUAGAUGGGAAAGUGACUGGGAAAUACCUCAAGGAGGACUGGUGUGUAGCGAUGGUAAGUGGAUUGGCUAUGUGGAUGACACCUGCGAACCUACUGCUAGACUUACCAGUGUGGCGGUACAGUGGUUUAAAAAAAUUGGCACACUUCAACUUUGGCAAAAUGGUGCUUGGACGAUCGCUUCGUCUACCCAGGCACGAAACAUUCUUAACCUUUCCUGCAAAAGUGUUGGUAUAAAUGAUCCCCAGCAUGUAGCUUACAGCUCAAUAAGCUCCCGAAUACGAGUAACUUGUAGUAAGCUACGUUUGGUCCAGCCGAAGCCAACUAUUUAUGAAGGAAGAGUUGAAGUAUUUACCGAAGAUCGUAUCUGGGAGGGAAUAUGUGUCGAGGAAACGGGAACAGCGGCAAGCCAGUUUGCAAGCAAGAAGAUUUGUGAAGCACUUGGCUUUAACUACAGAUCUGAUGUUGUGCGCAUCAGCACUGGCUGGACGGACCGUAGGCUCCUUUGUUCAUCGUAAGUAUAAAUGGUAUAGAUAUAGCGUUCAGAUUGCUGAAAAUGUUGUGCAUGGCCAUUAGAAAUAGCUAGAGAUCACGGAUUUCGGCUCUCUCCUUUUUCCCUUUUUUUUUUUAUAAAGAAACGUACGAGGGAAAAUUAUUUUUGAAUAUAGAAAAAUAUCUGGCAAACCUGUAACAGUUGCCAAGUUGGAUUCUUUUAGAAGAAAGCAUCCGCAAACCGACUGAUGAAUAUUAUAUGUACACCCGACCAAUACCGUCCUCUUCAGGGUCAUUUUCCCUCUCCUUUCCCUCUCACAACCGUUCUAUUUUAUGUGAAAAAUUGCUUAAUUCAACGUGUUUGAACUUGCCUAUUAGCGCUUGCGUCCAAUUGUUCGAUUUUGUCAACCUUGUUCCUGAAAGUUACCAUCGUGUCUCACUAAAACAACAAUUUUCGGGUGGAUUGAAAACUUAUACCGGGUAAUAGCGUUCAUUUUGGCAAUAAGUAUUGACCAAAUUGGAUUUCGCCAUCACUACCGCAAAAUGACGGAUAUCUGCUUCCUUGGACUGGUAACGAGGACUUAAAGAUCCAAGGACGCGAUGGCAGCGAAAACGUCGCUUAAAAAGUGAAUUGUAAGGCGCGUAAAACUUGAAAUAGUGUGAGGAGGCUUUUAUUUCAAAAAGCCAAUUCUACCUCAGCCAAUUCCUGUCUUGUCUACCCCCAACCCACCAACCUCCCAAGCAUUAUUCAGGUUGUGAGUUCCCACAGAGGGACGUAUUGGCCGUUAAAUGUCUGUCUCUGAGAAAAGAGAGGAUUGUUGUAGUCGAAUUUCACAUUUUCUUCAACUUAAACAAACAAACAAACAAACAAAAACACAAUAGUAUGGCACAUAACAACUACUCGCUACGCUAGUUACAGACCUACAUCAAUCGGAUACCGGAUUGAUUAUUGACAUGUGUUAGUCGAACAUUUUGCCUCCCUUUUGGGCCACCCACAACCAGGCGGACCAUUUUAACGCUGGGGGCUCGACCGUACUUUUUCUUUUUCACGCGGAGAAUAUUUGGAUGACUUUGUAGAUUUUUUCGCAUUUAAUGGCCGCGCUAGCUUUUUUAUGAACUUGUUGGACUUGUUUUGAAGCAUCGGGGCACUUAGAACACCUUUGAUUGAAAUGGCGACCUAAAUGUGACGAUGCUCCAGUAAACGUGUUAAAGCACAGAUGUACUCUCAAGAUGUGUACCCCUAUAAUACGAAGCGACCCAGUUUUGAUUCCAAUCUAACCGAACUGAACAUCUCUUUUGACAUUAUUGUAUUAGUAAACUCCUAGAGCAGGUAACAAGUAAUAUUUUAUCGGUAGUGCAUUAAAAUUUAAGAUAAAACGAAUUCGCAUUAGCGAAGCGAAGCACAGAUACGUUAACAGUUUAUUUUAUCAUGUUGUAGCAAAACUGGCAGAUGCAGAUUGCUAAUGCGCCGACAGCAUUGUGGUACUAUGGUACGAUGCAGGCUGAAAUGUAGUAACAGUUUUCCUGUACCUCAUGGGCAUGUCGACAAAUGUACGGGAAAUUAUGAAGACGACACCUGUAUGGUUUACUGUGACGACGGUUACAAACUCGAAGGAGACUCUAAAGUUUAUUGUAAAGGCGGAGUCUGGACAUAUGAUAAUGGGCAACCCGCCUCAGCUUACUGUAAAUAUAUAGGUAUGUAUCAGUUCAUUUCCAUGCACGAGCAUAGUGGAGGUAGGGGGUCCAAACCUCCUGUCUUCUGUACCUUGCAUUCCCGGCUCUCGCCCCUUGUUCUCUUGGCUUUCCCACUUUAGCUCUCUAUCGAAAAGGAAAUAUUCCGCUUUCCUCAGCACCCUUUUAGAACUCCCACCUUCUGUGCCCCUUCCCGCACGGUACUCUCCCGGGUAGCACCCCCUUGUCCUCUGCCACAGAAGAGUGAAGAAUUGAAUUCCUAGUACCUACCUUUCAUAACCUGAGAUGUAACAAUUUUACUACCUCCUUUUCUUGAUAUCUCUAAUUAAAAUCCAGUCAAAAAGUUAUCUACGAUCACAGCGAAUCAAAAUAACAUGCUAAGAUGAGAACUUGAGAAAAUCCGAUUCAUGGUUAGAUUAAUAGAGUUACUAGUAAUUUACAUUUUAACUUUCAUGACUAAUACAAUCAAACUGAAGCUCAAAGUAUUACCGAAUUUCUUUUAUUUUGUUUAGUUUUUUUUUUAAAUAUUCGUUGAUGGUCACGAGACCUGUGGUGGAACAUAUCGGAAUAAUGCAUCCUAUCAUUGACGCGUCGGGCCACUCAGUAUAACGAUUAAAUAGUCGCAAUUUCUCUCAAUAGUGCAAGGAAAACAGCGAGAGGGCGGGCUUUAAUUCAUUGGGGAAGAAGGGGUGGUAGCGAAAAACCCAGCUAAGUGUCAUUUCCCCGGUGGCAAGGAAUGAAAUGGAUACGGGGAAGUACACAGGAUUACCGUAAAAUUCCGAAAAUAAGCCCCUCCAUUUAUAAGCCCCUCAAAAUAUGAGCCCCUCAAACCAGUAACGGAAAAAACCCUCCAAAUAUAAGCCCCCCCGGGAGCUUGUACUUGGAAAACUGCCCUCAAAUACAAAGUAAAACAAAGCAAAAACGGCAAAUUUACUCCCAACUAUAAGGCUAGGCCAAUCGAUUAUGAAACGCAAAUUUCCCUCCAUAGAUAAGCCCCUCCGAAUAUAAGACCCUUCAAAAAUAAGCCCCUCAAAAAGGGUCUUUGAAAAAUAUAAGCCCCGGGGCUUAUUUUCGGAAUUUUACGGUAUCUCACUGAAAGUGUAAAGCGGGAGGUACCUUAAGAGUAUUUGAUACAGGAAGUUGUCUCUCCCUAAGUGAAUAUCUAUUUAGACCCACUGAAUAGUGAAUAUUGACCAGACGUGUUCCUCACUCUUUCAGACACUCUGGUGGAAGAAGAACUCCCGGAUCUUGUAAAGACUUACAGAGAGAAAAGCCGCCACGACUUAGCGGAAAUCUUAAGAGAUUACUUAAAACGUACUUAUCCCACUCAAUACUGGUUGGUGACAGUAUAUGACGAUGUCAGUGGUGACGAUAAACAUUAUGUUACUGGUGUUCGUAUCGUUCGUAAGUUUCGAUACGAAGGGGUUAACUACGUCGUUACACGGUAUCCUAAACAUGCUGCUCGCAAACCUAAAUUGUCAAUAUCAGAGGUUGUAGGUAAUGAAGAUGGAGAUAACGCUAAAGAUGUUCUUAAUAGUAUUAAGGGUAAAUUUGAUAAACGCCACCUAUCUUACGCCUCAAUACACGUCGUGAAAAAAAUUAAAUCGAAAAGUGGCUGGUGGCUUAAGAAGAAACACCAUAAAACAACGCUCAGUACUGCAACUUUUAUUCCUAAAGAAAACUAUUUCUGGAAAGACUUUUCGGGUGUCUUUGUCAUUGUCGUUGCUCCUCGUUAA